AUGGAUCCUCCGGCACAUCGGAAGAAUAUUGUCACACGCUCAUCGCUGGCAUGCCUCGCAUGUCGUUCCCGGCACGUCAAAUGCGACGGCAAGAAGCCUAGCUGCAGCCGGUGCGAUGAGUCUGGAAGACUGUGUAACUAUGCAAAGUCGCGCCGAGGUGGGCUUGGCCGCGCAGCACUUACACGACUCAGACAACUUGCUGCAGCGGAGAAUCGGUCAGUUGGCAACUUGAUACGGGCUACAGGCCCGCCAGCUAUACCCGAUGCCCGGCCGGAAUCUGAGGUUGACGCUUGUCUUGAUGUUAUCGUCACCGGUACCACUCAAGACCCAAUGCCGGAAAGACAUGACCCGAUACUGCUUGUACCGCCUACAGCGCAAGUCCGCAACCUCGGAGAUGAUGCCCUAGUGGAUUUGUAUUACAAGAACUUCCACAAAUUGCACCCAUUGGUUCUGCCCCGGAGACAUAUGAUUAGGCUCUAUCAAGAUAUAGACAGCCAACCAAGACUAGAGCCCCUCGUGGCUGUCAUGCGCCUCAUCGGACACCUCUACGGGUUCCGGGAAUGGUCGUGUCUAUUGCAGGACGCGGUGAAGGUCUGCUUCUCGCAGGCAUCGCAAACCGACCCAUUUAUGGUGCAGUGCCGCGUCUUAUACUCUAUCUCUUUGUUCUGGUAUGGGCAUAAGAACGAGGCGAAAGUUGAAAUGGAGAUCGCCGCCCGACUCGCAAUCGGGCUUGAAAUGUUCCGGCGUCAAUUCGCGACGGAACAGGCAGGCGAGGACCUUGUACUGAGAGAAUGCUGGAGACGGACCUGGUGGAUGCUGUACAUUGUGAAUGGCUACUAUGCCGGCACAGUCGGCACACUGGAAUUCGCAGUAAUAGAUGUUGAGGCUACUGUGGAACUGCCUUGUGAAGAAUUCGAGUAUGAAUUAGGUGAAAUCCCCGAACCGAAAACAUUGGAAGAAUUCGACUGUCGUGAGUUUUCUCUGGGCAAUACCUCAUUCUCAUCCUUUGCAUAUCUUAUUGGUGCUGCAAAAUGUGUGGCAUCUGCAGCACCAAUGGCUAUGGGAAUUACACCUGAGGAUGCCUCUUUGCAUGUGAUUCAUACUGCCGAUUCGAUUCUCGAUGGAUGGUUGCUCUUAUUACCAAGUGGUCGCAAACAAAUCAUGGAUAAAUCCGGCGAAAUCGACGAACUCAUGUUCCAAGCCAACCUCCUUAUUCACGUAACAACCAUCAGUUUGCAUAGACCGUUAUCAGAUCUGAGAUUUAAUACCGUAGAGGCUAUUUCGAGUUGUGCUAGACAGCCUCCGCCGGAGCUCCCAAUACCGGAAAUGGUAAACGUGCAUACCGUACGAGUGUUACGAUCGAUAGAGGCACAAAUAUGCCUUAUGGCACUACCAGCGCGCCCUUUUCAUCAUACACCAUUUGCAACUUGCAUGAUCAGCGAAGGAACGCUUGCACUCCUCUCAGCCUGCAGGUUCCUACUGAAGGGAAGAGAGCUAUCAAGGGCCAGAGAUCAGGUUCGCAUGACAAUUGGGUGCCUCAAGGCGUUGGGCGAUAUAUGGCCUAGAACGGCAAGAAAUCUACAAGAGAUACAAAGAAUUGCUCGGUGUGCACUGGGACUCAAAGAGGACACGCCUAUUCCCACCAUCAGCGACCCACCAAGCCUGUCAGACCCGUCAAGCAGUGAGAGACAGACGACUCAAGAGUCUGAUAUUUCCUCAUCAAUUGGCGAUGUCACUGACAUGAUUAACACAUUAGACGGUCCUUGCUCAUGGUAUUCGCUUGGCGACAUAGAUCCAGAGAUGCCAUGGUGGAUGGAUCAGUGAGGGUUUGAGAGACUAUGCCCGCUAGGACCUUUUUUCUGGGGGAAAACACCACCGGCAAUUUAUCCGAUACAAAUUUCCGUC